AUGUAAAAAUGUUGUUAAUUUAAGAUUUGUGUGCCUACCUUCUUAUAAUAAUUAUUUGUCGAAAAAAGACUUUAAUUUAUUCGUUUGAAUAUUAACCAGUUUAAAGUACCUUAUAGAUAAGGUAUUUUUAAGUUAGGGGUAGCACUUAUUGGUUAGAGCAUAAAAAUUAUAUUGUUCUAUUUUCAAAUCAUAAGUUACACAUAAGAGUUAUCUUCUGUAUUUUCUGAUUAAGUCUAAUAAUUAAUUCAUUUUUUAGGAGAUCCUUUUACAUUUUUAGAAAUAUUUAAUAUAUGUCAAUUAUUAGUCUUAGAAGUUAGUGUGCUUUACUUAUAAAUCUUAUAAAAUUUGAUAUGUAUGAUAAUAUUGAUGGCUAUUUUUUAUUUGUUUUUGUUUUGCUAAGACUUUUAUCUCUAAACCAAAAAUCACUAUGAUGGAAUUAUAUAAUUUCAUAUAUCUAAUAUAUAUCAUUUUUGGAAGUUUUAUAAGAUCUAUGAGAUAUUUAAGAUAUGUAUUGGAUUUACAAAAAUAUUUCAAAUAACUACAAAAAUACAAAUCAUCUUAGAUUAGUAUUUUUCUUAUUUUUACCCGCUGUUACUUGCCUUUGGAUAGUUUUACCUUAUUUAUUAUUACAAAAAGUCAAAGUCAACCUUAUUUUUAUCAAAGCCAAUUCAUUUUAAAGACUUUGGAUUCUGGUUUACAUCUUACUCAUACAAUUAUCAACAUUGGGAAUUUUAUAAAUUCUUAUUGGUAAAUGGAUUGAUAUGCAUAAUCAUAAUGAUUGAUGCAAAUGCUGUAAUAAAAGGAGUAUUCUCAUAUUCUCUAUUAAUCAUACAUACUAAAGUCUGUUAAGAUAAUAAUAUCUAUUAUCAUAAGUAAAUGAAUAGAUUUGAAAUUUAGCUAAAUAUAAUCAGUAUCAUAAUCCUAAUAUCGCACUCACUAUUUUCAAUAUAGGACUAAGAUUCCAUAUAUAAAAAUUUAAUUUUGAUCUUCAUUAAUUCUAUAUUCAUUUUGGGUGGAGUGUUCAUGAUCCUUCAUUUAUGGAAAUUGAAUUCUAAAUAUAUAAGAAGGAUGUGUUGUAAAGUAUUUGAAACUUUAGGAUAAUUUAAUUAAAUAUUUAUAAGUUAUAAUAUGUUUUAAGCUCAUUCGAGUGGCUCCAUAAAACUAAGAAAAAAGUGA